AUGGCAGAGAAAGAAGUUCACUACGCCACAGUCAUAUUUAAAACUAAAAACCAAUCAUGUCCAGAAGCUAUAGAAGAGGUGAAGACCGUGUAUGAUGAAGUGAAGGUGAGCAAUGAAGCUGCCGAAACCAAGGAAACAAACGCAGGACCCGUGCCUGAUAAAGAACCAAAAAGCAGACAUCGAUAUUUGAAGGUGGCUUGUUGCUUCGGGAGUCUUUGUGUCAUUUUGCUGUUUGGACUCAUCGGACUCUGUGUUUAUUUUGCUUUAAAUCCUCCGAGCGAUGUGGAUGAGUUGCAUCAUCUGAAAGCCAAUCAGUCAGCUCUACAGGCUGAAAAUCACAACCUGACCAACCUCAACAUCAAACUCAGAUCAGACUAUAAAAUUCUGACAAUACAGUUUGACAACCUGACUCGGACAUUUACUGUCUCAGACAGCAAGAUCAAAAACCUGACUGGAGAAAACCAGAAGCUCACAAUGCAAAAGCAAGAGCUGGAGACACAAAAGGAGGAGUUGGAAACUCAAAUCCAGAAGCUGGAGGCAGAGACUAGAAACCUCACAGACCAAAUGACAAACAUGGAGGCGAUCUGGAAUAAGCAGAACAUCAGUCGAGCUCAGUGGAGCGUUGAUGCCUACUGUCCAAAUAAAAAUGGAAGAACGUGUUCAGCUUGUCAGAAAGAUUGGCUACUCUUAGAGUCCAGCUGUUACGUCAUUAAUAACCCUUAUGAACCUGAUCAGAAAACCUGGGAAGAAGCUCAAGCUGGCUGUAAAAGCAAGACUUCAGAUCUGGUUUCUGUGGAGAAUGAAACUGAAAAGAAAUUCAUCAGUGACAAAAGCUGGAGCAGUUCAGAUACCAAAGGAUACUGGAUCGGCCUUAGAGCAGAAAACAACAAAUGGAAGUGGGUCGAUGGAAGUGAUCUGGCAAACAACGGCUGGAUGCAAGAGCCUCCAAAUGAUGGUUGCUGCGCAAUUUCUGUCCAAAACCAAGACUGGAAAUCAGUGAAGUGCAGUUCCAAGCAAAAGUGGAUCUGUGAAAUGAAGGCUUUAUCAAUUUAA